CAAAAGGCCAAAUAAAGUUGCUGGUGUCACAUGGAAUAGUCCUGUAUUUUCAAUAUCUAAAAAAUAAGAAUGCCUUCUCUUUCCAAUGAGCAGAGAGCAGCGAUAGCUAUCGGAGUUCCAGUCAUAGCAUUAUUGCUCUAUCUCUGGUACAGGAAACGUCAAAGCUCACACUUUUCGGGGGAAGAUGACGAGUAUGCGAAAGAAACAGAAAGCGAAAGUGUUGCCUCUUCGAAUCAAAAGACCAUCGAAGUGAAAGUCCCUCGCUCGGCUGUCGGAGUAAUUAUUGGAAAGUCUGGUGCGAAUAUUAAAAAGAUAGAGAAGGAUAGCGGUGCUCGUGUAAUUAUGAAGGAUGAGGAAGAAGGUAACGAGAAAGGAGAGAGGAUUGUACUUAUUCAAGGUGAACGCGAGAAGGCAAAACGUGCGGAAAUAUUGGUGAAGAAAAUUAUAGCGGAACAACCAGUCAUACGAACUGAAGAAGUUUUCAUACCUCAGCGUGCUUGUGGAAGAAUAAUUGGUAAAGGAGGACAAACAAUACGAAACAUGAGCUCCAUUUCAGGUGAGGACAUUUCCUGUCAUUGUUGCCUUUGACAGUAGUCAAUAACAAAAGUUAAGGUUUCACCUUUUGUGCUAAUAUCUUUUAACCCUUUCUUUACGUCCCAAGAGCGUUCAAGGUAAAUUUUCUCCGUACAACAUCAAUACAUAAUCAAGAGCAAGUUUUUCAAGUAUUAAUUAAGUGUUAACUAAAGGGAAAAUGUUUUGAUCUUGGGCUAUUGCAUUUUAUUCCCCCGGUUGAGCAACCAUGGAAUUCGGAAUUAGUCGAAUUAGUUGAUAUACUAUUUAUUGUAUAAGACUCCAAAGAAAAAACAUGUAUGUAUGUAUCUAUGGAAUUCUUCAAGAGUAAGUUAUAAAAUUGAGGAUUUCUUUAGAGGUAGAGUAAAAAAAUCUGGAAUUCUUUGGAAGUGGAGCUUUUAGCCUGAAAUUCAUCCGAUUGCUGCGAGUCGUUUUCUCCUCUUAACAAUGUUUGAAUCGACUGGCCAUUAAUGCCAUCCAGUGACGUCACUCACUACCCGAAAACCGGGUAGUGAUUUUGAUUGGUUGAUUGUCUAAACAUUUGCAUAAUUAUGUAUAAUUAUGAAAAAUUUUAGUGGGAUUGCCGCUUGAUAUUCAGUGGAUUGCAUCCCUGGCAUUCUUUCGUUUAGUUCAAACAUUUCAAUAAGCUUAAUCUUUAUCUUAAACAGAAAAAUUGCCCUUGUCUUCGAAACUGAAAUGCUAAAUUGAACUGUGAAUGAAGAAUCAUUGCAGAGAGUCGGUAGGUUUUUCAUUUAGAGCCACUUUGUGGUUUCGGCGGCCGGUGAAUAUGUUUGCACGAAGUUUUCGGAGAUCAAUGUUAUAAUUCAACCUUCUGGCUAUUUUUACCGUCAAGUGUAAUGAUUCUGUUAGCUUUUCUCUCUUGUCUCCUUGUUUUUUUUUCUUCGUUAAGGACCAAAUAGCUUCUUUUCAAUUAAAACAAAUCAUUGUGUUUUUGAACUAAGUGUUCCGUGUGUGUGUUUAUUUCAUUGCGUAAUUGCAUAAUUUCAUUGUGUAAUUCUUCAGGGGUACACCCAUAUUCUUAAGGGUUAGGACUCAUAAUUAGGCUGACAGGAACGUCAGAUGACGACAGCAAAACACGCGAAAAGGACUAAACACAACUUCCGGUGCCCAAUUUGCCGUGGUGCCAUUGGUCAAACCAUUUGUUUAAUUUGCGUGGGCUGUCUUCAACUGACAUUCCCGUUCUGUUGCUAAAUCAGCCUAUGAUUUUAUGAAAGUCUUCUGGGCUGAAUGCAAUUUUAUUUAAUCUUCAAGUGUAAGAGGAAAAGUUAGGUCAUCAGCCAGGGAGGAGGGGAAUGGAUAUUAAAUGCAAUAGCCCCUUUUAUCACAUUUUCUUAACCAAUUCUUAAACAAAAUGUAUGGAGAUCAAAUCUUGAGAAUUUGUCUGUGGAUACUGGGGCUUAAAGGGUUAAGACAGCCACAGAAUCCUUACAUUUCUACUAAAGACAUCAAAAAUAGAAGCCCAGAAAAGGAUGGUAAAGGAGAAGCCAAGUCAGUUUGGUUGCUUAUAACUGGAAAAUUGGCAAUACAUCUUCCAUUACAUGUGUAAAUAGCCCAUUGGUAGGAGGGGGGGCUCCCAUAUGAUGGAGAUAGGGAUACUCAUCAUCUCAGAUGGAGGUAUGAUUAUGGGCUUCUGUCAGGGUGGAAAACCACACUUGUAGAUAGAUCGCUCAAUUACCCUUUCUCUGUUUGACAACUUUAUUGUUAUUAUUAUUAUGAUUUUCUUUCUGGAGACAUUCAGUGUACAUGUAGAAUGUUGAAGAAUUCAAACAUAUUUUACAUUCUUAGGAACUUGUAUUUUUACCAUAGGGGCAAAGAUAAGAAUUGAUCGAGACGGUGAGAACUUGUCAAGUACUGUACGAAAGUGUCUUAUUACUGGAACGUCAGAUCAAAUUGCAAGUGCUAAGGGCCUUCUUGAUGAAAAGAUAGCUGAAGAUAAGGAAAUUUGGGCUCGUAGGGGAGAUACAGGAAUGCAGAGAAACAGACGUGCACCAAGAACAUUGGAAACUGCUCUGGGUUAGUUCUGUGAUAUAUUUACUACUUUUGUUAUGAUUUUUUUUAUUUAAUUAUUUAUUUAUUCAUUCAAGUAUCAUUUUCACUCAAUGUAAACAAAUGCACUAACACAUCUUAUAAAAUUGUUGGUAAAAUUUAUUUUAUAUGAAAGAUCUUUGCAGUUAUAGACACAACUUUUGCAGUUGCUAAAAGAAAGCCUGAAAAUAUUCAGGCUUGUACGGGAUUCGAAACCCUUGACUUCUGCCAUACUGGUGCACACUCUGCCAACUGAACCAACAAGCCAACUGGGAGCAGAUCAUUGAAUUGGUUCUUUAUAAACUCAUGAAAGGAUGAUUAUGAAGUUAUAAAUAUAUGGAAAUCAUAUAUGAGAACUGCAGGAUAAAGGAAAAUAGACGCAACUUUUGCAGCUGCGAAAAGAAAGCCUCAUUCAAAAUUUAUUUUGUUAGUGUUACAUGUAUAUCAACACCCUUAUUAGGCCUAUUCAUUGGCUAUUUUUUUACACAACAUACAUUUACUAAAUUGUUGUCAUUUUAUUAAUUUUAUUAUUCUUUCAGCUUCCUUAACAACAGGCACUGUACAAUUUCCAAAGACAGAAGAUUUUUAUGGGGUAUUUGUGUCAGCUAUCGACAGUCCAGGACAUUUUUGGGUGCAGAUUAUAACAAAAGAUUCUCCUGAUUUGGACAAACUUACAAAUGAAUUGACACAACUUUAUUCAUCCUCUGAGACGCAUGCAGUCAUUAAUGCUUUCAAGGUUUGCAUGUUUUAGAAAAUACAACAUUUUGUUCUGAUUGGUCAAAAACCUGGUGGUUAUUGUACUGGGCCAAGUUGUUCAAAGCGGGGUUAAGAUGAGCCAGGUAAAACGACAGACAAGGCCUUGAUAGGAUGGUGCUAUUUUUUACAAUGACCCAUUUUGAAUUUGCUCAAAUCCUCUUUAUAAAUGCAAUGUACCUAAUGCACUAAGCACGUUUCAAGUGAAAAUUAUUUGCAUGUUAUUGAUAACUUAUUUUAAUAUGAUAGAAAGAAGACUAGAACCAGGGUUCGCACGCAUCUUGAAAGUCCUUGAAAGUCCUUGAAAUUUGAAAUAAAAAGUUCAAGGCCUUGAAAGUCCUUGAAAAUUGCAGUCGGUGCCAGGAAGUCCUUGAAUUUCGGUGCUAACUCUAUCCAACCCAGAUUCUCAAGUACCUAAUAUGAAAGACCUUCAGGAUAAAAUUGCUCAUGUUGUGGUAGAACUAAAAAAGACAUAGACUCAAGGCUCUUUUUUGCACUGAAUGGAGUCCUUGAAAAAUGGGAAAUGUGUCCUUAAAAGUCCUUGAAAAGUCCUUGAAGUUUUUGUUCAAGAAAGGGUACGAACCCUGUAGAACUCGCUUUGAAAAAGAUCCUGAAGGUAGUUCAGUAAUAGAGGAUAUUUCAUGGCCGCACGGAGAUACCAAAUUUCUCUUCGAGUGUUGAAAAACAUUUCACAAGUGAGCGCAGCGAAUGGGUGAAAUAUUUUUUUCAACACAAGAAGAGAAAUUUCAUAUCUCCAAGCAACCAUGUAACGUUCUAUUUAUUAUAUAAACACCAAUGAAAUGCCAAACCAUUUUACUUAAAUAGUUUUUUGGUCUGAAAGGUGCAGUUUAUUAUGAAGCCAUAGCAGUGGUGAUAUUUUCACACGUGAAGAUAACAUGUUAUUUCCAUGUAAGAAGAUAUCAAGUUUUCACGUGAAAGCUCACUUGGUAUUUCAUUGGUGUUUAUAUAAUAAAUAGAAAUAGCUUACGAUUUCAAAUAAGCAUCUAGCCCAUACUUAACUAAAAUCGCAUAAUCCAGAAAAUAUAACAAACAUAAAUUCUAUUUCAAAGCUGUUUUGCUUUGGAAAUGUUGGGAUUCAAUUUUAUUCUUGGUUUAAAUUUUAUUUUCCUUUGUGUCAAACUCAUUAUCAUACAUCACCAUACCCAAAAACAAAGGAAAAUAAAAUUUAAACCAAGGAUAAAAUUGAACCACACCAGAAACAACAUGGAGAGCCUCAACCCUCAUUAAGACUGUCACUUUUGGAACUAGUUCAUCUAGGAAUAUCACAAGGUAUCCAUUUUAGGAAGGUGGCUGUUGAGAUAGAGUUGGCUGAAAAUCUUAUUAUACCAAAUCUACUCUUAGUUUUUGAAGAAAUAACAUAGUUUGCCACUUAAUUAACCUGAUUAAUCAGACUAUUGUACCAGUUUUGGCACUCUGGCCAUUCUAAAUAAAUCAAACGUUGUUUCGGUUUUUUAGGCAAUUUUUUAACCCUUGUGGGUGAUCGCAAGAAAUGUUUGUCAAAUUUUCCAAAAAUAAUGAAUUAAUAUUAAAAUAUAUAGAUAUAUCUACUUCAUACUAAAAGUGGCUUUUGUUACCCUAGGUUGGAGAUAUUUGCUGUGCUCCAUUUGACUUUGAUACAUCAUGGUACAGAGCACGCAUUGUGGAAAUCAACACAGAUGGAACAGUGGAGUUGUAUUAUGUGGACUUUGGAGAUUCUGGGCAAAUUUCCAAGGAAAAAUUAAGAGAACUGAGGUAAGGUUUUGUGUUUUCAUUGACAAGGAAAGGAAUAUUGGUAUAGACUGAACAUGAAAAUAAUAUACACUCUGAAAAAAUGCUGCAUUUUUUCAGCAAUAGUUUAAUGCUGUUUAAAAGGAGUACCAGACAGAAUUAUGCAAACACUCCCAUCUUAAUUUCCUUUAAAGUGGCCAAAUGGUUUAAUCAGUAGAUAUGAGCAAUCCAUGCAGUAACUACAACGUGUUUUGAUUGUCGUGUAAAGAGGAAAAAACAUGGACAUUAAAAUUGCAGUAAAAUUGCCCUGGUUAUGUGACAAGCCACUGUAUUGCUACUAUUUUUGUUUGCAAUUUUUAAAGUGAGAUAAACAUGCAUGAAAUAUUACUUAUGCCUUGGUUUGUCUACUAUCUGUCUGUUUAAGUAUUAAUCCUUGAGAUGUCUCAUCCACUUCAAAAUCGAUCAUUUUUUUAUUAUUAUUUUGAUUUUACUUUCUUGUACAGUGUAAUGUUGACCAACACUUUCGUCUGGAAACAAUUUUUGUAAUUUAAGCUCACCAAAGGUUGAUUUAUAGGAAAAAUUGUAGUUCAACUUGGGGCACUGCAUAUAAUUGUCAGUUAGAGAUGUAGUCAAUUUUCAUUGUUAAUAUUAAAUUACAUGUACAUCUGAUGUGAACGCUAGGAAUACAAAGCAUUGCAUUGCCUUUUGUUUAUCUAUCAGGAAGGAACACAGGGGGCUUCCAUUUCAGGCUAUUGAGUGCUAUUUAGCUGGAGUAAAACCUUCAGGUAAUUAAAGAAUCCUUUCUGUUUACGUUAGUUUUGAUUUUAAUAGGGUGUAUUAUUACAUGUCACACACAUGGCAGGCGUCUCGCAAGACAAAUCUUGUGCACUGUUGUCAAUCUGUGGUGGUGCUGCAACAUCUGGUGUGGCUGUGGAGUGCAUAAAGGCAGGCAGAUUCUGGCAGGUCAGCACCUACAUGUAACUGGCCUGGCUUGAGACGGGCAGUACAAUGUAGGUGACCAGUGAACAAUGAUGGCCUCUCCCACUGUCAAAGGCUGUCUGCGGUAUCCUCCUCUAUGCCUAUGGAGGUUGGACUUAAAACCCGUAUCUACAAGCCUCCCAUGUUGUGUCGACACUGAAAAUAAUGAUGCUGGAGUGACCUCUGUAGGACACACACCUGGAUAGUUGAUAUGGAGACCCUGAGUUGCCCAGUCAUCAGAGUCUCCCUCUUGGCUGCACCAAUGGGAUCCAAAGGAGUGUGGAGCAUGCCAUUUGGCACCAGUUCAGCUGCAGGAGAUGCCAAGGGCAUCCAUUGAACCACCAAUCCACCUUAGGGGCUCCACUCUGGAUUUCCGUAGGCUUUACUCCAUAGCCUAUUCCCUUUCCCAUGACAACCUCACAAUGUAGUGAGGGGCCCUUUGAAAUCAGUGUUAGCCAAAGUGCAUUCUCAUGUUAAACCAGCACAUUCAACCUACUCCAUUCAGGAUUUCCUUUGUUUCUAGUCCUAAACACUGUUGAUCUUUUUUAGGUGAAGAAUGGAGUGCAGAAUCCACUGAUGAAUUUGAGCGGCUUAGUCACUGUGCUCAGUGGGUUUCAUUGAUGGCAAGAGUAGUGAACUACUGUGGUGAAAUACCUUGUCUGGAAUUGAUUGACACUACUGGACAGACGGUAAGAAAUAAAUGAACAUAAAUAAGAAAAUCCAGCCAUGACCAAGAAUUUACAACAAAAAGCCGUUACAUAGCAGUCAAACCUUUUGUUACAUAGGGGGCCCCGUUCGUCCGAGAAGGGACAAGUUUCCACUUUGUAAUGAAUUGAAACACUCGUCUUGUGAUUGAGUUUUAUCCCGUUUGUUUUCCUUGUUCCUACAUUUCUUGAUUCCUUCUGCUCUACGGAUUCGCUAUAAUUGAUUACAUGUAAUUCGUCACUAACGAUUAAGCCUUAUAUUGGACAAUGUCAAUCAUUGCAAUCACUACACACUUUAUUAUGGCCCGCCGACCACUAAAUUCAGACUACAGUUAUCUACUGCAACUGUUAGGACUGACCACUUAAUUAACAAUUAGUUCAUGCGUCAGCGUGCGUAUGUCGAGAUAUUGAGCACGCGGGAAGUUUGGAGAGCACGAAAGAGGCGUAAGAGUUGCACGAGGCGCAGCCGAGUGCAACUCUAGCCUCUUGAGUGCUCUCCAAACUUCCCAAGUGCUCAAUAACUCGACAUACGCACAGCUGCAGCAUGAACUAAUUGUUUUAUAACAUCAUCAAAGCGAUCAAUGCAUCAGUUAACUUAUAAUUUUAUUAUUGUAGGGUCCGCUCAAAGCAGUACGCGUCAAUGUUUACGUGACUAUAUAUUUUUUUCCUCACAGUUAAUCUUAUGUUUUUAUCCUGAAACUGAGAGAAAGUGUACUCUAAAAUGAUUAUAAAAUCCAUAUUUAGGUGCCGGAAAACUAUUAAUUUACCGAAAAAUUGUUAUUGAGAGAAAACAAGUUUGCAAAGAAUUAACUCACGCCAUAGCCCGCACAGCUCGCGGAGAUGACAACAACAACAACAACACUCACCUCUUUUCCUUACUAUCGGUUAACAAAUUCAAACGUUUCCUCUUAAAUUUCCUUAUAAAACACAUCGUAAACGCUUCCUUGUCUAUUGCUGAGUUAUGGAUGCACUCAGGAGACUCAGGAUUGCUAAGCUCACAACCACUCGAGGAAUUACGAAUAGUUUAUUGACGUCAUCAGCGUGCUCAAUAGGAAUAUGAAGCACGCUCGCGCUAUUGAAUUUGAUUAGGCGAAUUUUCUAGCUAUGUUAUAACAGAGGGUGAACGCUAAAUAGAGCUUCCAUUGUAUUGGAUAUUUAACUAAUAUCCAAAGGUGACGACAUAUAUUCAAGCCAAAACAGGAGCCGCACAAUGACACCUGGCAUUAUGAUUACUUUUUUCGUUAUAGUUUUUGUGUUAGUUAUUUCGUAGAUGCUAAUGUAGUAUGGAUAGAAGCAGACAAAUAAUAUUUCUGGUACUUUAAAAGCUGUACAAAGCUGACUGGUUAAUGAUAUAAAUCAUGGGGUUUCAGGAUGUGAACAUCAACGAAGAAUUGGUGAAAAGGCAGUUUGCAGUCCGCGAUGGGUUGAGUCCAGCAAAUAAACAAGAGCAAGGUACAGUGUAAAACGAUGAUUGAUUGUUAUUACUACACAGACGCUUGUUCUUGAUGAAUAUGAUCUAGACCUCUUACACUUAACUGUAUCAAAGAAAACAUUUUUUAACUUACAGCAACCCCUUACAUGUAGUAUUGAAAUGGUUAUUCAUAUAGACCAUAUGAAUCGUCGCAUUGUAGGACUUCAUUUACUUAAUAGCGCGCGAACGGAGCCCAGUACCAAAACCUAUGGUACACCCGUUAAGCUGGGAAAAGUUGCGCUUGUUUCUGCGCAAGUUCCGUAAGCACAGUUACACAGGGUACCAAGGUGGUAAAGGGACAAUUUAGCACUCCAGAAGCGGAUUUUUAAGAUCGUUUCAAAACUCUUAAUCAUACAGUACUUUGCGAACGUAACUUCCAGGCUGACUAAGGGACUAAAAAGUAAGCUUGCAGUGAUGAAAGUUUAUUUUCAGUAAUUAUAUUCUAAUUUUCGCGAUUUGCUUAAAGUGCAUUGACAUUGUAGGGAGAGAUAAGUGGGACUUACCAUUCACCAAAAUGCCAAAAUGAUAAAGCUCGUAUCAUGAACGUGAAUACGGAAAAAACGAGCAGCAGUUUAUUAUGGUAUUGCUGAAUAGCUUUUGUUUGAAUGGGUCGAAACGGGAUUUUGUGCUCUUCAGUUCUCCUCAAUUGACUGUGUUUGUUCAAAAGACCGUGAACAACGACGACUGUGACGAUUGCGGUCUAUAAUUUAGGCGUGAUCAUCGCCAAGUACUUCUAAAUUACAUCUGGUGUGAUUUUUUUGUCUUCAUCUUUUAUUUUACUUUUUUAGUUUCAGAACCCACUGAGGAGGCCAAAGAGGCCAGCAUGACACAACGAGAAACAGCUGAAGUAAUCAAGCAAAACCAAGUUGAACUUCAGGAGAGCGCACCACCGAUCACAAAACGUCAAGACUUCACUGAGAAGACAGAGACCCAAAAAGUGAACAUUGACGAUGUUCUCUUGGAAACGGUCAGUAAAGAUGUAACUGAUGCUCCCUCAUCAGAAGAUGUUGCUGACGUUAAUCCGAAGUUUCAUGUUCCCGUAACUCCCGACAUAGACUCGCCUGUUAAAGCCGCCCUAGUCAAGAGCAUUUCUCAAGAUUACAUCCCCAAUCCUGUCAGCUCGGUACCUGACAUGACUGCUCCUGACGAAGGGGAUCUUGCUUAUGUGGGUGUUGUCGAACAGCAUGGCUUAAUGGCCGUAAAACCCAAGCAAGAAAAGAACGAAGUCGUUUUUCAAAGUGCUCUGAAUGUACAGCCUAAAAUGCCCAGCUUGGAUCUUACGAACACCAUAAAGCAGAGCACAGAAGAGAAGUCUGGAGGAUACCGCAGCAGUCUCAGUAUUUCACCUUCAUCUAGACGAACCAUGGCAGCGUCAUUCACUGGAAGCCGUCACGUGACAGAGAAGACUGAGACCUCUGUAAAGACCGUAACAAGCACUGCUCAGCGUCACGUGGUCUCCUCUAAACAGUCUUACGUCAGCACCGUCACAAUUCCUGAACACAGUAAUAAUAGCAAUGUUGUUGUGUCCGUGAAACCAAACGUCGCAAGACUUAUGAACGAGCCUUUUUUUGAUCAGGAAAAUCACGCGUUUAGAGCUUCCAAUGAAAGUACAAAGUUUACCCAACACGCGGUGUCGUCUGAAGUACAUCGAACUGUCACGCAAGCUAAUGGAGGUGACACAAAAACUGAUUUCUCUGCGUUACAUCUUGAAGAGAAGAUAACGUCUCGUCCAUCUGCGAGUGAUGACAAGCAAACUGUGACUUAUAAAAUAAACUUUCAAGGUAGACCUGGAAAGGAACCGUACACAGUCAUGAAAUCGUACUCCUCUUCAGAACACGUUCCAAAUACAGGUGACGCUAAUGGAGAAAUGUCGCCUUCAGGCUCUCUUUUGGAAAUCUCCACUAACACUGUGAUAGACGAGGAAGAAGAGUAUGAGCAACAACAGGAACACCAACCUCGUAACACCGAAAAUCAACAACGUGGCGACCAGCCAAUACCUGUUCGCUCAGAAAGCCCGGAACCAGACAGUGACACAGAGUCUUUUAUGAGCGCCAAAGAAGAUGUCACCUCUGAUACUGAUACUGCGGCUUACUUAACGGCAGGAGGCAGUACUGCCUCGCUGUACACGGACGCUGUUUCUCUUGUAGAUAGCUCUGCAGAAGAGGCUAGCACCCCGGUAAAUUCUGACACAGAGGUGGAAGAUGGGAACGAUGAAACUGCGCUGUCUGACACUCCAGAAUCUCCUGAAGAAAUUGAAGACGAUCGCAGUCGGUCAGACACGCUGAAAGGCUUAAGGGAACAAACUAUCAUCCUCGGAAGUGAGGUCACCUCCGAAGGCGAACUCGGUUACCGAGGAGAUUCCGAAGAAGGACUUGCUUCAAGUGACGAUCUACGAACAGCAGGCACUUGAGUGGCCUUGUACUCUGUUGCCGCCAACCUCCUGUGGUGGAAGGUCGUAAAAAUGGAUUAAAUUGCUCGUUUCUCCUUUGCAGGUGUCUACCACAUCAAAGCUUUAUUUGGGAUUAUACUGAUAGAUAAGAAAAUAAAACAAAAUGGAUGAGAACAUUCUUUGGAAGAAAUUCCACUUUUACAGGUUCACUUACACUGGUCGGAAAGUUCCCGGUAAAAUUGUUCUGGCUUCCCAAGCAAUAUAAUAUUUGCUAACGAUAAUAACGCUUUUCAUCUUAUAUUGUACGAAUUCUUUGGGAGGUAAUCGAAAGGUCGUUAAACAUGUUUCUUUAACCAGUCAGAAGAAACCCAAAAAAGUGUUCUACAAUAAUUCAGCGCUGUUAAGUAUUAUUGGAAACGACUUAUUCACAGUAUUCUUUUUUAUGAGCCAACAUUUGGAUCCCAAAUUUAUCUAAUCCUCCUAAGAGUUCAUUUCAGUAUUUUCUCUUCCUUGGAUUCAUCUUUGGAUUCUUAUUGAUAGAAAACAAUUGAAUCAUCACGCAGACAGUUUUUGUCUCAUUUUACUCAUUUUUACCCUCAGUUGAUCAGCCAUUAGAGUUUGUUUUAUCUUUUGAUAA